AUGGCCCAGCUCGAAAACAAUACCAUCAUGACGGGAAAGAAGCCAAUCACACAGAUUACCCGUGAUGUCCUUGAAAACCAUUAUGAGAUGCGCGAGAAGUGCUCUCGACCUGAGAACGAUGAUCUUUUUGUUGCGACGUAUUCUCACGAUGCCGACUCUAACAACACCGGAUGUUCAUCCUGCGACCGCAGUCAGUUGGUGACACGUAUCCCUCGAAAUACCGAGGACCCUCACGUUCAUUACGGUGCCAUUGCGUCGGGAAAUCAAGUAAUAAAGGAUGCGCCGACGCGAGAUCGACUUGCCGAAGAACUCGGCGGUAUUCUCUGCUUCGAAAUGGAGGCCGCAGGGCUGAUGGAUCAGUUUCCAUGUUUAGUCAUACGAGGUAUCUCCGAUUAUUGCGAUUCUCACAAGCAUGAACAGUGGCAAGGCUAUGCCGCGUUGGCAGCAGCGGCAUAUGCCCGAGCUCUCUUGUCGGUAGGUCCCAUUCGUGCUUCGACGAAAAAUGAAAAGACUGACCCCAUUUGGAUGGUGCCCUUUCCAAGAAAUUUGAAGUUUGUGGGCCGUCAGGACCAGUUAACCGAGGUAGAAGCUCUCCUGUCAAUGGAUUCCGGGUCUAGAAAGAUUGCUAUCACUGGACUAGGGGGCGUUGGCAAGACGCAAGUCGCGCUGGAGCUGGCGUACAGAAGACGUGGCACUUGUUCCAUCUUCUGGAUUUCGUCAGUGAGCCAAGAGAGCGUUCAGCAGGGCUAUAUGGGUAUUGCCGAGCGUCUGAAGCUAGGAGAUGUCGACCCCAUGAAUGUCAAGCAGCAAGUGAAGUCACAUUUAAGCCAUAGGAAUGCGGGAAAGUGGCUUCUAGUCUGUGACAACGCAGAUGACAUCGACAUGUGGAUCUCCAAAGAGAGGACAGCCCUGGAGAGCUUCCUCCCGCAAAGUGAUCUAGGUCAUGUUAUCUUCACGACUCGAAAUCGUCAAGUCGCCCAAAGACUAGCACCAUCCCAUACCAUUCCCAUCGAGGAGAUGGACCAACAUACGGCAACGCAGAUUCUCACACAGUCCCUCCCACCAGGUCUCUUUCAUGAUCGAUGUCCAUCACCACUGCGCUUCUUCAGCAAUUGGCCUUCCUCCCGCUGGCAGUCGCACAAGCGGCAGCAUAUAUUAAGAAUAACGGCAUCACUCUCUCAGAUUAUCUAUCACCUCUAA